GCAAAAAAAUUGUUAUUUAGUCAUCAAUAGAAAAUUGAAACAGUUUCUACCGAACGUCCGUGAAAAAGAAACCAAAUCAAUCGAAAUAGUGAACGACAUAGAAGUGGAACGCUGUGAAAAUGUUGCAAACUAAGCUGCUUGUGUUACUAGCUUGCAUUGUCAUUGCAAAAUGUGAAAUUACCACAUCUGUUUUGCCCCGAAUGGUGGGCGGUCAAGAAACCGUUGCUGGAUUCGCUCCAAGUGUCGUAUCAAUUCGGAUACCACGACAUGUAGCAAAUGCGCCCGAGGCCUUUUGCGGUGGCACAAUCAUAAAUCUCAAUCAUAUCUUAACAUCGGUACAGUGUGUCCAUAACGAGACCUUUCAAUUGCUUAAUCCAUCCGAAUUUCGAAUUGUUGCGGGUGAUUUGAAUAUCAUGUUACCUACGUUCAGACGAUUCACUACAAGCGCAUCACACAUUUAUACUCAUCCCAGCUACACUGUUAAUCCCCGGUCAAAUGAUAUUGCUGUGAUGCGAACAUCGACGCCGUUUCCAUCGCCACAUAACACAAUUGAUUUCUCGGCUCGCAGUACACGUGUUCUGCCGAAUGGUCACGCUUGUCGAUUCGUUGGCUGGAGCUCGGCGACUGCAACUGGCAUACUCAAUCCCGCUCAGCAAUUUAUACCUGCUAACAUCUUUGACCGAGGAGAAUGUAAUGGACCCAACGUACAUCGUGGCUUGGUCUUAGAUAAUAUGAUCUGUGCUGGUUCUCUUACCGUUACGCCCUCCGUUUGCACCGGAAAUCUGGGAGGAGGAUUGUUUUGUCAGGUAGGUAAUGAGUGGCAAUUGACUGGAGUUUUGUCGUUUGGUAUUGGCUGUGGAGUAAUUAAUACUCCAGGGGUAUACACUCAAGUCCGGUUUUUUGAGACGUGGAUUAAUCAACAGCUAACACGAACUGAUGCAACACCAGCUGGAUCGUUGGUAUAUGCAUAAAGAAUUAUCUUUAAGAUUUUUUGUUGUUACCGCUAUGCAUUUUCCGAAUAAAUUAUCGAAACAAUUUGUA